ACAGCAUGACAACCAGGCCCGAGGCUGCCAUGAAGCUUUCACAUGCUACUGUCGGAGUCCUGGUUGGGAACAUCAGCUGUGGAGUGCCGCCUGAGCAUUAAGUUGUUAGCACCCUUUGUUCUUAGUUUGGCUCUAGAAGAAAAAUCUAAGAAGGACCCCCCUCCAAAAAAAAUGAGCCAAGACAAGGGGUUGGACAUGAACAGUGUUCAAGCAGGAGCCCCUGAAGAGCCAGCCAUGAAAAUAAACCAUCAAGAGCUAGCAAAGGAAGUUGACACCAAUGAAAAUCCAUUACAGGGUCUAUCCAAAAAUGAGGCUCUUCUGGUCCCAGGGUUCUUGGACACAGAGUGGGCCAAAGAGAAGGCCAUUGUUCCCAUGGUCAGCAACACACUCCGUAUGUCCACAGAGGAGUCUGAGCUCUCACAACAGGUUAGUGACACCCCUGAGUUCUCAGAAAAUACUGUCCAUCCUAAACAUGGAAAUAGUUCCAAGUCUUCAGCAAAAACCCCACAGCUGAAACAGAGCAAUACCUCGAAGCCCUCAGUCAAAGCUGAUAAUCCAAAACAGAAAAGCAUUUCUAAGACGUCGGGCCACUCCAUGCAGACAAAGCAUAGCAACGUGCCCAAAUCCUUGUCAAAAACCACCCAUCCCAAACAAGAGACCACCCACAAUCCUGUAGCAAACAGCAUCUACCCCAAGUCAUCAGAGGACACUAUCCAAUCCAAGGAAGAUGACACCCCCAAGUCCUUUGAAGACACCAUCCUGUCCAAGGAGAGUGACAUCCCCAAAUCCUCACAGGACACCAUCCUAUCCAAAGAUGCUAAAAUCCACCAGCCCGUAAAAGACAGCAUCUGGUCCAAGGAGAGUCACAUCCCCAAGUUCUCACAGGAUAACAUCCAAUCCAGGGAUAGUAAAAUCCACAGGCCCUUAAAAGACACCAUCCAGUCCAAGGAGAAUGACAUCCCCAAGUCCUCACAGGACACCAUCCUGUCCAAAGAUGCUAAAAUCCACCAGUCCUUGAAAGACAGCAUCUGGUCCAAGGAGAAUGACAUCCCCAAGUCCUCACAGGACACCAUCCUGUCCAAAGAUAUUAAAAUCCACAAGCCCUUAAAAUACACCAUCCAGUCCAAUGAGAGUGACAUCCCCAAGUCCUCACAGGAAACCAUCUUGUCCAAAGAUGUUAAAAUCCACAAGCCCUUAAAAUACACCAUCCAUGCCAAGGAGAGUGAUAUCCCCAAGUCUUCACAGGACACCAUCCUGUCCAAAGAUGCUAAAAUCCACCAGCCCUUGAAAGACAGCAUCUGGUCCAAGGAGAAUGACAUCCCCAAGUCCUCACAGGACACCAUCCUGUCCAAAGAUAUUAAAAUCCACAAGCCCUUAAAAGACACCAUCCAGUCCAAUGAGAGUGACAUUCCCAAGUCCUCACAGGAAACCAUCUUGUCCAAAGAUAUUAAAAUCCACAAGCCCUUAAAAUACACCAUCCAUACCAAGGAGAGUGACAUCCCCAAGUCCUCACAGGACACCAUCUUGUCCAAAGAUAUUAAAAUUCACAAACCCUUAAAAUACACCAUCCAUUCCAAGGAGAGUGACAUCCCCAAGUCCUCACAGGACACCAUCCUGUCCAAAGAUAUUAAAAUCCACAAACCCUUAAAAUACACCAUCCAUACCAAGGAGAGUGACAUCCCCAAGUCCUCAAAGGAUACCAUCCUGUCCAAAGAUAUUAAAAUCCACAAACCCUUAAAAUACACCAUCCAUUCCAAGGAGAGUGACAUCCCCAAGUCCUCACAAGACACCAUUGUGUCUGAAGAUGUUAAAAUCCACAAACCCUUAGAAGUCCAGUCCAAGGAGGGAGAAAUCACUAAGUCCCCAGAAGACACCGUCCAGUCCCAGGAAAGUGAUAUUAUCAAGUCCUCAGAAGAUGAAAAGCUACCCAAGGAAAGCAAAAUCUCAUACUGGGAAGAAGAAACAGCGUCUCUAGAGGAAGACUUUGUGAGAGUGGUCAUAGACAAGGAGGAAUUUGAAGAGGCGCUUAAAGAGGCUGGGGAGAAACUGGUGGCUGUGGACUUCUCCGCCUCGUGGUGUGGGCCUUGCAGAACCAUGCGGCCGUAUUUCCAUUCUCUGUCUGUGAAACAUGAGGACGUGGUGUUCCUGGAAGUGGACGCUGAUGACUGUGAACAGCUGGUGCAGGACCGUGAUGUCUUUUGCCUCCCAACUUUCCAGUUUUAUAAAAAAGAAGAGAAGGUGGGUGAAUUUUCUGGUGCCCUUGUGGAAAAACUGGAAGCAAGCAUCGAAGAAUUAAAGUAAUCAUAUAUUCUGAACAUCAUAAAUGAGUUAAUAGCUGAUUUCUCUUUAAUUUACAAAAAAAAAAAAAAAGAUUAAACAAAUGUGUUCUCCCAAAUGGCUC